CCCCUGGCACUCACUCGCGCCGGCCGCCGCCGAACAGGCAGCAGCGGCGUCAGGGCCGUCCGGGGGCGCCGCCGGCAAUGCCCGCAGCCCUAGCCGAGCCCCGCCGGGCCUGCUGAGCCGCCCCCGGGCCGGGGCCGCGCCGGGUCGGUUCGGGCCGCGCCCAGGCGGGGCCGCGCUGCCUGCAUGACCCUCCGGCGGCGCGGGGAGAAGGCGACCAUCAGCAUCCAGGAGCAUAUGGCCAUCGACGUGUGCCCCGGCCCCAUCCGGCCCAUCAAGCAGAUCUCCGACUACUUCCCCCGCUUCCCGCGGGGCCUGCCCCCGGACGCCGGGCUCCGCGCCGCUGCACCUCCAGACGCCCCCGCGCGCCCGGCCGCGGCCAGCGCGGGUCGCCGCAGCCCCUCCGACGGCGCCCGCGACGACGACGAGGAUGUCGACCAGCUCUUCGGAGCCUAUGGCGCCAGCCCCGGCCCCAGCCCCGGCCCCAGCCCUGCGCGGCCGCCCGCCAAACCGCCCGAGGACGAGCCGGACGCCGACGGCUACGAGUCCGACGACUGCACCGCCCUGGGCACGCUGGACUUCAGCCUGCUCUACGACCAGGAGAACAACGCCCUCCACUGCACCAUCAGCAAGGCCAAGGGCCUGAAGCCGAUGGACCACAACGGGCUGGCGGACCCCUACGUCAAGCUGCACCUCCUGCCCGGAGCCAGUAAGGCAAAUAAGCUCAGAACAAAAACUCUUCGAAACACUCUGAACCCCACGUGGAACGAGACGCUCACCUACUACGGGAUCACGGACGAAGACAUGAUCCGAAAGACCCUGCGGAUCUCCGUGUGUGACGAGGACAAAUUUCGCCACAACGAGUUCAUCGGGGAGACGCGGGUGCCCCUGAAGAAGCUCAAGCCCAACCACACCAAGACGUUCAGCAUCUGCCUGGAGAAGCAGCUGCCGGUGGACAAGUCGGAGGACAAGUCCCUGGAAGAGCGGGGCCGCAUCCUCGUCUCCCUCAAGUACAGCUCGCAGAAGCAGGGCCUGCUGGUCGGCAUCGUGCGCUGCGCACACCUGGCCGCCAUGGACGCCAACGGCUACUCGGACCCCUACGUGAAAACGUACCUGAAGCCAGAUGUGGACAAGAAAUCCAAGCAUAAGACAGCGGUCAAGAAGAAAACGCUGAACCCGGAGUUCAACGAGGAAUUCUGUUACGAGAUUAAGCAUGGGGACCUGGCCAAGAAGACCCUGGAGAUCACCGUUUGGGAUUACGACAUUGGAAAAUCCAACGAUUUCAUUGGGGGCGUGGUUCUGGGCAUCAAUGCCAAGGGCGAGCGCCUGAAGCACUGGUUUGACUGCCUGAAGAACAAGGACAAGAGGAUCGAGCGCUGGCACACGCUCACCAACGAGCUCCCAGGGGCCGUGCUCAGCGACUGACCCGGCCUGCCCGCCCGCCGCACCCGCCCCUGCCCGCCACCUGGCUCAGCGCCGGCCUGGCCCUGGGCUUCCUCAGCUGCCGCUAAGGGCUCCCACGGCGCCUGCUCGGACACGGAGCCACUGCAGCCCCCGCUCAGAGGCCGUGGAGGGCCCAGCUCGUCCAAGGGACAGCGGGGGCAGAGCUGGGCCUGCUUUCGGCCCCCUGGGGCCCAGGAGAGGCCAAAGGUGGGAGGAGAGGACCUUAGCCUAAGCACACCCCGAGGGAGUGGAUGGGGCCAUCCGGAGGACAAGGACCCUACCAGAGUCAGCAGGGAGUCGCUGGGGACCCCAGGCUAAGAGACAGGGGUGCAGGGGCGCCACUAGGGCAAGGGGCAGUAGACUUGGGGCAGAGGCAGGACAGGACUCGGACCCAAGUUCAUCCCCCAAAGGAGGUCCUGACAGCAUUUGUUCAUCUUGGGCACGACUGGGCGGGUAGGAAAGAGAGGACCCAAGAGCUAGGAGGCUGGGGAAGUCCUGGCACUCCCCGUGAAUGGGGGCCAGUGCUCCUGGAGGUGCCUGGGGCUGUCCCCAGGGAGAUCCCGUCUAGUCAGGGACUUGGAAGCAAACCCUUACAGUGAGGUGGCGAGGAAUGC